CUAGUUCUUUCUUCAUAUAGCCAACCAUAACAUUGAACUGCUCCAGUUACCUGCUCUUACCUGGCCGACACCCUCAUUGCCCUGAGCACACACCUGAUCGCUGACAAGGCUCUCUUCCUGCUAACUAGCCGCCCAUACCUGUGGACUUCAAGGACCCCUGUGCGAGUCAGUCUUAGGAUAAGCAGAGUGCCUUGAAGAGAGAGAUACUUUCUCUGCUGUGAGAAUGUAAGAUGGAUCCAGAAGAGCAGGAACUAUUACAUGACUACCGAUACAAAAAUUACUCUUCAGGGAUUGAAAAGGCUUUAAGAAAUUUUGAGUCCUCCAGUGAAUGGGCGGAUCUCAUCUCUUCACUGGGCAAGCUCAACAAGGCUCUUCAGAGCAACCUGAAGUAUUCCCUGUUGCCACGACGGCUCCUCAUCAGCAAGAGACUGGCUCAGUGCCUGCACCCUGCCCUGCCCAGUGGGGUGCACCUGAAGGCCCUGGAAACCUAUGAGAUCAUCUUUAAAAUUGUGGGCACCAAAUGGCUGGCCAAGGAUUUGUUCCUGUACAGCUGUGGGCUGUUCCCGCUCCUGGCGCACGCGGCCAUGUCGGUGCGGCCCGUGCUGCUGGGCCUGUAUGAGAAGUACUUCCUGCCACUGCAGAGGCUGCUCCUGCCCAGUCUCCAGGCCUUCGUCAUCGGCCUGCUGCCCGGCCUGGAGGAGGGCUCGGAGAUCUACGACAGAACAGACGCUCUGCUCCUGAGACUGUCCCUGGUGGUCGGCAAAGAGGUGUUCUAUGCUGCCCUCUGGGGGAGUGUGCUGGCCAGCCCGGCCAUCCGCCUGCCCGCCUCGCUCUUUGUGGUGGGCCACAUCAGCAGGGACUCGCCGGGCAAGGAGCAGAAGCACAUGCUGGGGACGGAUCACCAGCUCACGGUGAAGGCUUUGUGCGCAUCACUGUUGGACUCCAAUGUUCUGGUGCAAAGAAAUACUCUGGAAAUCGUUCUCUUCUUCUUCCCACUGUACACCUGUCUGGAUUCCGAGGAGAGAGCCAUCCCCCUGCUCAGACCCGACGUCGUGCGCAUCCUGGCCGCCGCUGCCCAGACCCUGCUGCGGAGAGACAUGUCUCUAAACAGACGGCUGUACGCGUGGCUGCUAGGUUCAGACAUCAAAGGAAAUACCGUCAUGCCAGAAUCCGAAACCUCAAGUUCUUACCAAGACCAGUCCUCGUAUUUUUUUGAAAAAUAUUCCAAGGACCUUCUAGUUGAGGGUCUGGCUGAGCUGCUGCACCAGGAGUUCUCAGACGCGGAUGCAGAGGAACGCCACGCCGCGUACCUGAGGCCCUUCCGCAUCCUCACCAGCCUGCUGGACAAGCCGGAAAUAGGGCCUCAGGUGGUUGGGGAUUUGUUUCUCGAAGUCAUCCGGGCCUUUUAUUCCUACUGCAGAGACGCGCUGGGCUCCGAGCUCCAGCUUAGCUACACGCAGAGCGGGAGUCUGCUGACCAGCACAAUAAAAGAAAACAGAAAUGCCUCUGAGAUUGUUAAAACGGUGAAUUUGCUGAUCACUUCCCUCAGCACAGACUUUCUCUGGGACUACAUGACGAGGUGUUUUGAGGAUUGCUUUAGUCGAACCCCCUGGUCUUACAAGAUGCACAUUAUAAACUUCCAUUUUUUGCAGAGUCCAGUAAAAGGUGAAAACAGUGACCUAAUUUUAGACACAAAGGCUGUAAUCGCAGGUGAUGAAGAUGCUUCGUUUCCUGCACUGAAGUCUGAGGACAGCGGGAUCGGGCUCAGUGCGUCGUCGCCAGAGCUCUCGGAGCACCUGCGGGUCCCCAGAGUCUCCCCGGAAAGAGACAACGUCUGGAAGACGGGCGGGAGUAUGCAGAGGACAUUCUUUUGCCUCCAAGAGCUGAUUGACAACUUUGCGCACAAGAACAUCUUUGGGGUCCAGCUGACGGCGUCCGGAGAGGAAAGCAGGGCCGCGGAGCCCACAGGCCAGCGGGACGGGGGCGAGCCGCGGGGCCCAGAGCCCAGCCCCCGCGGCAGGAAGAACUCGUGGGACGCCAGGCCCAUCAGCGUGCCCCAGUUUAAGCAGAUGCUCUCAGACUGGUUCACAGUUCGAGGGUCUCCAUUUAAGACCAAAAAUGUGGAGCCGCCAUCACCUUUGCCCAGCAGCCCUGGCCAGACAAAGGGAGACUGGGCCGUGGACCAGGUGGUCCCUGACCUGGGCGGCUCCAGCGAGGCCUGCAGGGAGGCCUUUGCCGCCGCCUGCCACCUGCUGCUGGACUGCGCCACCUUCCCCAUCUACCUGUCCGAGGAGGAGACGGAGCGGCUCUGGGAGACGCUCUUCCAGCCCCCCGGUGAGCGGGUGGCCCGAGGUGGCCCCUCUUGGGGAUCGUGGUACUCAGGCGCGAUGGAACUGUACUCUGAGGUGCAGACCCAGUACCUCCCGCAGGUGCUCGCCUGCCUGGUGCAGCCUCUGGCAGAGAACGUGGAGGCUUUGAGCUUGCCCGAGCUCACGCUCGCCCUGAAGACGUGUUUCAAGGUGCUCAGCAAGGUCCAGAUGCCGCCUUCCUACCUGGAUGCGGAGGCCAUGAGCGGAAACUCGGUGGCUCGUGUGCUGUGGAACCAGCUGAACCAGGAGACCCGGGAGCACCACGUCACCUGCGUGGAGCUGUUCUACCGGCUGCACUGCCUGGCUCCGACGGCCAGCAUCUGCGAGGACAUCAUCUGCCACGCCCUCCUGGACCCCGACAAGGGAACCAGAUUGGAGGCUCUGUUCAGAUUUUCCGUCCUCUGGCACCUGACGCGGGAGAUCCAGGGCAGCCGAGUGACGUCGCACAACCGCUCCUUCGACAGGUCCCUGUUCGUGGUGCUGGACAGCCUGACCUGCACGGACGGUGCCAUCGGUGCGGCGGCCCAGGGCUGGCUGGUGCGGGCACUAUCUCUCGGGGACGUGGCACGCAUCCUCGAGCCCUUGCUCCUGCUGCUGCUCCAGCCCAAAACCCAGCGGACUUCCAUUCACUGCCUCAAGCAGGAGAACUCGGCGGAAGACUUGCAUCGUUGGUUUAACAGGAAGAAAACCUCUUCCAAAGAGGCAUGUGGCGUGCCCGAGGGCAGCUCGGAGGAAGGCGUGCCUCUGAACCAGUUCACCACCGUGGACCGCGAGGCCAUCUGGGCCGAGGUGGAGAAGGAGCCAGAGAAGUGCUCACCGGGAAGCCAGCUGAGCGAGGAAGACCUUCCCUACUACACGGACCUUCUGGACAGAACGGCCCGAGAGGCUCCCGACAGCAGCGAGCACACUGAGUCCGCAGACACGAGCUCCGCCCACACGGACAGCGAGAACACGUCCUCCUUGUCCUCCCCCUCCCACGACCCGCAGGAGCUGAGCAAUGAAGAGGGCUGCUGUGCGCCCAUCCCCACGGGCGGCAGGGCUUACCCCCGGCACGCAGCCUUCCUGGCGGAGAGUAUCAAGUCCAGUGCCAGGUUAAGCUUGGCGCGUGUGGACUCGGACUACGCCUUCUCCGUGUUGGAGGCCGUGCUCAAAACCAACCCCAAGGAGUUCAUCGAGGCCGUGUCCAGGACCAGCAUGGACACCAGCUCCACCGCGCACCUCAACCUCAUCUCCAACCUCCUGGCACGCCACCAGGAGGCCCUCGUGGGCCAAAGCUUCUAUGGCAAACUCCAGACCCAGUCCCCCAACGUGUGCCCCCACUCCCUGCUGAUCGAGCUCCUCACCUACCUGUGCCUGAGUUUCCUGCGCAGCUACUACCCUUGUUACCUAAAGAUCUCCCACCGAGACCUGCUUGGCAACCGGGACGUCCAGGUCAAAAGCGUGGAGGUUUUGAUUAGGAUCAUGACGCAGCUGGUCGCUGUGGCCAAGUGCACGGAAGGGAAGAGCGUGGAGUUCAUCCGCAGCCUGCUGCAGAGGUGCAAGGUGCAGGAGUUCGUCCUGCUGUCCCUGUCGGCCUCCAUGUACACGAGCCAGAAGCGCUACAGCCUGGCCACCGCGGAGCGAGGCCGGGCCCCGCGGGAAGACUGCCUCUUCGAGGAGCAGCUCAUCAACUUGGGCCAGGACCAGAUCUGGAGUGAGCACCCCCUGCAGAUCGAGCUGCUGAAGCUCCUGCAGGUGCUGAUCGUCUUGGAGCAUCACCUGGGCCAGGUCCACGAGGAGGCUGAGCACCAGCCAGACCUGUCGCAGGAGUGGCGGCGGGCCCUGGACUUCCAGCAGGCCAUCAGCGCCAUGCAGUACGUGCAGCCGCACCCCCUCACCUCCCAGGGGCUGCUGGUGUCUGCCGUGGUGAGGGGCCUGCAGCCGGCCUACGGCUACGGCAUGCACCCGGCCUGGGUGAGCUUGGUCACGCAGUCCUUGCCGUACUUCGGAAAGUCCCUGGGCUGGACAGUGACACCCUUCAUUGUCCAGAUUUGCAAAAACUUGGACGAGCUGGUCAAACAGUAUGAAAGCGAAUCAGUGAAGCUCUCUGUCAGCAUCACCGCCAAGAGGGAAAACAUCGCUCCGGAUUACCCACUCACUCUUCUGGAAGGUCUGACAACCAUCAGUCAUUUCUGUCUUUUGGAACAACCCAACCAAAAUAAAAAGGCCGCGGCUGUGAGUGACCCCACCAGCCUGAAAAACGCCAAGAAUGCCAUUCUGGAGGAGCUGCCUUGCGUCGUGAACACCUUGGCCCUGCUCUGGGACGUGCUCAGGAGAGAGGAGGCGCAGAAGAGGCCCGUGGACCUCCUGGGAGCCACGAAGGGGUCCUCUUCCGUUUACUUCAGAACCACCAAGAUCAUACGCCAAAAAAUUUUAGACUUCUUGAACCCCUUGACGGCCCACCUCGGGGUGCAGCUGACGGCCGCCGUGGCGGUGGUGUGGAGCAGGAAGAGAGUGAAGCGGCACAGUAAGGUGAAGAUAGUCCCUGUGGCAAGCGCGUUCCAGCUCACCCUCGUCGACCUGAUGUGUGCACUCAGCACCCUGCAGACAGACACGGUGCUGCACCUGGUGAAGGAGGUGGUGAGG